GGGCACAAUGGGCUGGCCCGGUGGCUCCAGGGAAACAGCCUGCUCCUGGGAGAUGAAGGGGGAGGGAAGGGGGCUGGCCUGGAGAGCAUAAUCUCUGCUAGUCCCUCCCCUUCUCCUCCCAUAAAAAGGCAGUCAGUCAAAGGAUCAGAGAUUGGAAAAGUCAGGAUAACUCAACCCUGUCAACUGCUCCACUCUCUUUGCCCUGAGAAGGGUUAUGGUCUUUGUCCAGCAGGCCUGUCCGAGUGCUACCUCCUGAGGAGACUGCUUCAGUUUUUUGGACACUCCUAGGUCAAGUGCAGCUCCCUCUGACCCCGGAAAAAGUCCUGCUGAGCCACUAUUUCAAGAAAGCCUCAGUAAAAUAAAUCAACAUGGCAGACAUGGACACCAGUGCCGCUGCGUCUGAAGCUGGAGCUGAGGACAUCUCCCUUUUCAGCGUGACAGACAUGUUUCUCUUUUCACUUAUUGUGGGCCUCCUGACCUACUGGUUCUUCUUCAGAAAGAAAAAGGAAGACAUCCCAGAGUUCACCAAAAUUCAGGCUCCGGAACACUCUCCUGUCAAAGAGAGCAGCUUUGUGGAGAAGAUGAAGAAGACGGGCAGGAACAUCGUUGUGUUUUAUGGCUCCCAGACGGGCACUGCUGAAGAAUUUGCUAACCGCCUCGCCAAAGAUGCUCACCGCUAUGGAAUGCGGGGCAUGGCCGCUGACCCCGAAGAGUAUGAUUUGGCGGAUUUGAGCAGCCUUCCGGAAAUAGAUAAUGCCCUGGCAGUGUUCUGCAUGGCCACCUAUGGGGAGGGGGACCCCACAGACAAUGCCCAGGACUUCUAUGACUGGCUACAAGAGACAGAUGUUGAUCUCUCUGGUGUCAAAUUUGCGGUGUUCGCUCUAGGGAACAAGACCUACGAACACUUCAAUGCGAUGGGGAAAUACGUGGACAGCCGGCUGGAGCAGCUGGGCGCUCAGCGGAUAUUUGAAGUGGGGUUAGGGGAUGACGAUGGGAACCUGGAGGAAGAUUUUAUCACCUGGAGAGAGCAGUUCUGGCCAGCUGUUUGUGAACAUUUUGGAGUCGAAGCUACUGGUGAGGAGUCCAGUAUUCGCCAGUAUGAGCUAGUGGUGCACACGGACGAGAACAUGAACAAAGUGUACACUGGGGAAAUGGGCCGGCUGAAGAGCUACGAGAACCAGAAACCGCCUUUUGAUGCCAAGAAUCCAUUCCUGGCUACCGUGACCACCAAUCGGAAGUUGAACCAGGGAGGGGAGCGCCACCUCAUGCACCUGGAGUUAGACAUCUCAAACUCCAAAAUCAGGUACGAGUCUGGGGACCAUGUUGCUGUGUACCCAGCCAAUGAUGCUUCACUUGUUAAUCAGCUUGGAGAGAUCCUGGGUGCCGACCUGGAUGUGGUCAUGUCUCUGAACAACCUGGAUGAGGAGUCCAACAAGAAGCACCCGUUCCCCUGCCCCACCACUUACCGCACAGCACUCACCUACUACCUGGACAUCACCAAUCCCCCCCGGACCAACGUUCUCUACGAGCUGGCGCAGUACGCGGGGGAGCCAGCCGAACAGGAGCAGCUCCGCAAGAUGGCGUCCUCGUCGGGCGAGGGCAAGGAGCUGUACCUGAGCUGGGUGGUGGAAGCCAGGAGGAACAUCCUGGCCAUCCUUCAGGACUCCCCCUCACUGCGGCCCCCCAUUGACCACCUGUGUGAGCUGCUGCCCCGCCUGCAGGCCCGCUACUACUCCAUCGCCUCCUCCUCCAAGGUUCACCCCAACUCCGUUCACAUCUGUGCUGUGGUUGUGGAGUACGAGACCAAGUCUGGCCGGAUCAACAAGGGUGUGGCCACUAACUGGCUCAAGGCCAAGGAGCCUGCCGUGGAGAAUGGGCACAAGGCCACAGUGCCUAUGUUUGUUCGAAAGUCACAGUUCCGCCUGCCCUUCAAGCCCACCACGCCUGUCAUCAUGAUUGGGCCGGGCACCGGCAUCGCCCCCUUUGUAGGCUUCAUCCAAGAGCGGGCUUGGCUGAAAGAACAGGGUAAGGAAGUCGGCGAGACCGUUCUGUACUACGGCUGCCGGCGUUCGGACGAGGAUUACUUGUACCGGGAAGAGCUGGCCCAGUUCCAGAAGGAUGGCGUCCUCUCCCAGCUUAACGUGGCCUUCUCCCGGGAGCAGGACCACAAGGUUUACGUGCAGCACCUGAUGAAACAGAACAAGGAGCAUCUUUGGCGACUGAUCCAGGAGGGCAACGCGCAUGUCUAUGUGUGCGGGGAUGCCCGGAACAUGGCUCGUGACGUACAGAAUGUGUUCUGCGAGAUCGUGUCCGAGUUCGGGGGCAUGAACCAGUCACAGGCUGUGGACUUCAUCAAGAAACUGAUGGCUAAGGGGCGCUAUUCCCUGGAUGUCUGGAGCUAGGAUCCGCCCGCCCCUCGCUGGGGACUGAGAAGGGCCGCGGGGAGGAGGAGGCCUAGGGACUGCUCCCAGCCCCCCACCCCGCCCACCCCCUCCCACCCCAGCCCACCACUAGACCUGUUGUACCGAGUAAUCAGUCCUUUUCUUACUGCCUUCUCACUCUUACUAGGUUGUUUCCACUUGGCCUGACCAUGGGGGAGGGGGAGAGUGAAGGGCCAAUUUUUUGUGGUAAGCCUGACCAGGAAGGCCGAGGGGACCACUGGAGCACAGCCCACUGGCUGUCAAGUCCUAGCUAACGGUCACUGUUUAGUAUGCCCCAGGGGGCAACAUGGCUGCUUCUGCGCUCUUGGGGAUGUGGUGGGGGGGUGGGGAUCAGAGCAAAGCCUGCCUCCUGCCCCAGGCCGUGGCCCUCUACCUCAACUCCCAAGUACCACUGGGAUUUAGAGUAGGGAGCCCAGUUCCCCUUCCUUUUGGAAGAGGAGGGAAGGGAUUAGGCUGAUCCCUACCCCAGUGACUUUGAGUCUAGGAUGCCUCUGGCCACUGCUCUCCCUCUCCCAAAGUGCCCACCUCCUUCCCUCUUUGUGUGGGUUGAGAAUCCAGAGGCCUUUGGCCUGUUUCCCGAGGCCUUGAAAGACCAAGGCUUGUCAAUGGGGAGGUGUAGGAGGGGAGAGGGGUGGGGGCAGCCUCAGCCUCAGGGCCUGUGCCCGAUGCAGGCGAUCCUAGUGCCUCAAUGGCUCCCAGGCCCUCCUUCCUUUCCCGAGUUUCCUUCCUGUUGGCCCUGGCCUCAGCUGAGAACCAGGCUUUGGAAAGAGAACUCUGGGUGUGUACCACAGAAUGUCCAAUGAGUGUAAAUAAUUUUGAGAUCUCCUUGACCCUUGGAAUAAAAUUGUUUUUUUCUGUAUCUGUCCUUGAAGUAGCUUUUACUUGUGUGAACAGCUUUGGCACUGAGCUGUGGAACCUCGUGCAGCCCAGCUGUUCCUUGUGGUGUGAAUAGGGGUUAUGAGAGGGCUUUGUUAGUGAUGUUCCUCCUCUAAAAUAUUAAAUGUGAAAACUGAAUCAAA